CCAGCCCACAGCCCGGACUCUCUGGGGCUGCUCUUGCUGCUCAGCCGCCCAGCCGCCCCCCAGGCCCCCAUUUCUGGAGGGAGGGAGGCAGGCAUGGGGCUCAGGGGGGAGAAGCCUCCCCUGCGCCUCCUCUUCCUCUUGCUCUUCGCUUCUUGCCAUGGGCGUAUCGUAAAGGUGCCAGCAGGUCCCCUUGUACGAGUUGAAGGCACAGAGGUAGUGAUUCCAUGCAAUGUUACUCACUAUGAUGGACCCAGUGAGCAAAACUUUGACUGGGAGUUCUCUACAAAUCCUUCUCAGGACUCUAAAUUUGUACAUGUUGUGAGUACUUGGGACCCUUCAUUCACAUCUCGGGAGUAUCAAGAUCGGGUUAAUAAUAAGGAGAUCACACUGAGGCGAAACGGCAAUGAUGCUGUUGAACUUGUGAUUGGCAACAUCCGUUCCUCUGACCAAGGGAUGUACAGAUGCACCACGCCCAGCACAGAUGCUGUCUUCCAGGGAAAUUACAAUGCUGUCGUUGAAGUCAAAGUGAUUGCAGACGGCUUAACUGUUAGUGGGUCAAAAGGCCAUGCCACAUCCACUUGGAACUUAUCAGAAGGAGAUGCAUUUCAGUUGCGCUGCUCAGCUUCCACCAAUUCUUCAGAACACACCCAUCUACAUGUGUCUUGGGAAUUCAAGAAUGGCCUUGCCUGGCAAGAAAUCCUCUCCCUGACGCAUGAGGGCAAGUUCCAGCCUGGUCUGGAGUACAGUGAGCGCUACAUCAGUGGAGAUGUGCGUUUAGAUGCCAUGGCCAAUGACAUUUACCGUUUGUCUGUGUCCCAGGCUCUUCCAAUAGAUGAAGGUACCUACAGGUGUCGAGUGAGUGAGUGGGUUAAAGGUGCAGAUGGUUCAUGGCAGAAGAUCCAAGAAAAGACUGCUGAUGUGGCAAAUGUUGUGGUACAGCCAACAGCUUUAGGUGUGUUCAUUACCAGGAACAAUGUGACUGUAACAGAAAGAGAAUCACUGGAUCUUACCUGCAACUUCACAACAGACAGAAGUGGUAUUUUCCAAGCGGAAGUCACAUGGUAUUUCAGUGACUCACCUGAUGACACCGUGGCAGAAGCUCAGGUUUUGCUGAGUGCAGACCGUGAUUCUGUAAUUAGUGACUCAACACUCAUCACUCUCAGCCAUGUGGAUCGAAGUUCUUACCACUUGCUGAUACGUGAUGUGAGCAUUGAAGACUCUGGCUACUACUUCUGCCAAGCAGCACUUUGGGUGCCACAGCACAAUGGUAGUUGGCACAAGGUAGCAGAGAGAACAUCUCUGCCUGUCACUGUGGAAGUGCUGGCACUGGAGCCAAAUUAUAAUGUAUUUAUAAAUUCUUCUAAAACACCUACGUUUUCAGAAGAUCCCACAGAACUGGAGUGUAGGAUCACAGAGGCACAGAAUACUGAAGCAAACAUACGUUUCACUGUAUCCUGGUACUACAGAUUGCCCUUGCGCAGUGAUGAAGUGGUAAAAGAUGAACUUCUUGCCACCAUGGAUGCAGACUGGACUCUGGUAGUUGGAGACAGAAGCAAACAACGAGCCCAGAAUGGGGAAAUUAUUUUCUCUAAGCCAACUGUGGACACUUUUCGGUUACGAAUCCAGUGGACUUCUGAAGCAGACAGAGGAGAUUAUUACUGUGUGAUUUCGGCAUGGAGUAGGCAGCGCAAUAACAGCUGGAUAAAGAUCAAGGAUGUGACUUCCAUGCCUGUGAGCAUUUUAUGGUCUACACAAGAUUAUGCACUCACCGUAGAGGCUGUGAAACUGAAGCCGUUCUUCAUGGCAGGGCAUACUUUUGAAAUGACAUGCAAAGUGUCUUCCCAGAAUAUCAAGACUCCUCGUUACUCAGUCCUCAUUACAGCUGAGAAGUCACUGAAUGAUCAGUCUAAUCCUAAUGGGACCACUCGCAUAAUUUCUCUCAAUCAAGAUUCAGUGGUCAGACGGGAAGACUGGACAGACCAGGACCGGGUGGAUGGUGUGGUUUUGGAAAAGGUCCAGGAGAAUGAGUUCCGCUACAGGAUGUACCAGACACAGGUUUCUGAUGCUGGACUGUAUCGCUGUGUGGUGACUGCAUGGUCACCAGGGGGUGGAGGCAUGUGGCGAGAGGCAGUCAAUGGUUUAUCCAAUCCCAUCCAGAUAGACUUCCAGACUUCAGGUCCUGUUUUUAAUGUGUCAGUGCAUUCCGAUAGGUCAACUAUUUAUCGAGGCGAGCUGGUGAAUUUGAUUUGCAUCAUCACCCUUGAAGGGACAUUAAUUGAUCCAGAUGACAUGUCCUUUGAUGUCUCCUGGUUUGCAAUGCGCUCUGUUGCAAUGGAUAGAGACCCUGUUUUUCUAGCUUCUUUGGAUCGGAAAGGGAUAGUGACCCAGGCCAGAAGAAAUGGGAGUAGUGAUGUCAGUUUAGAGAGAAUUGGUCUCUUAGAGUUUCGUCUUAGACUUCAUGGCUGUGAGGACCAAGACUUUGGCAACCACUACUGUUUGGUAACUCCUUGGGUGCAGUCAGCUGCAGGUGUCUGGCAACGGGAGAUGGAGAUCAAAUCUAAGCCAAUCCUUGUAACUGUGAAAAUGGAUGUGCUGAAUGCUUUCAAAUUCCCACUGUUAAUUGGGAUUGGCCUGGCUACAGUAAUUGGACUAUUAUCCUGUCUGAUUGGCUAUUGCAGUUCCCGUUGGUGUUGCAAGAAGGAGGUUCAAGAAACCAGGCGAGAGAGACGCCGACUUAUGUCUAUGGAGAUGGACUAAACAAAUGAGAGGUGGAUACAUCCUUUUUUAGAAGGGAAGAGAUUUUGGGAGGCCUGAGGCUACUCAGAUUUGAGUGUAUUGAACCAAAAUGCCCUGACAACAAAAUCAUUUGAUCUUGUCGUGGACCUAGAGCUGCAUCUUUUUCUAUCUGUAUUUCACAUUGAGGGCACAUGUAUUUUUUUAGCCUUUAGCUCUUUUUCCAAUGGCACGUUUUAUGGGGAUAGUUCUUUCACAGGCAAACUGUUCCACAGUGUCCUUCCAGCAGACCUUUAGGCAAGAUUCACUACUGAGGCUUGUGUGUUAAAAGGUUCUCUUCCUCCCCCCACCCCACCUUUGUUGUUAAUAGGAAGAUAGAAUUGCAAGAAUGCAGAAAAGAAAAGAAAAAUGGUCCUUAUAAUUAGCUGUCCUCUUGUUGGCAUUUCUAGAGAAAAAAGAAAUAUUUCCAUGGUCUAGACAUAUCUAGUGGAAAGUCCUAUAGGUGUCUAUUCUAAGAUUGGAUUGCAGUCUCAGGAGACCUUAAGAAACUGGGCUGAUUUGGCAGUCUUGAAAUGUAAUUCUUUAGAAAGAGGGCAGCAAUACAAACAUUCUCUUUCAGUAUCCCCACUUCUUUCAUUGUGCAUCAUUAUCUGGUAAGAGAUGGGUGUCAAGUCUGCUGGUUGUCAACAGUCUCACAGAAAGUGCUGCUAGAUUUACCACUUCUGUCCACUGUGCUUGUGGGUUUUGUUUAAGCAGCACUACACAUCUCACAACAGGAUGCUGUACUGGGUGAUCUAACUCAGUAACCAGAAUAUAGGUAGAAAUCUCCCUUAUCCCAUCAUUUCUAAAGUGAUUUAUUUACAGCUGCCAUUGUACUGAGACAUUAGGUGGUAGGUACUCUGUUACAUGACUUGCACUGAUCACCAAACAAGUGGUUAGAUCUACAGCUUGCUGUUGGGGAACUUAUAUUAGGGCUCUGGGUCAUCAGUUAGAUCAGUUAGUCAUUGACAUUACAGUUAUGGGUCAGUUUAUGUAACUCAGGGUGAGGAGGGAUAAAAUGGGAUGCAUUCCUUUAGGAGAGAAUACACCCUUUUCUGGAUGUUUCUUUGUGAAUGCUACAAUGCCAAAGGCUGCAUACUGCAGUGCAUCCUUUGUCCAUACAUUAGGAUGAUGAUAAAUUAUCAUCAUGGAGUUCUUUGGUGCUGUAGUAGAGAGCUCUAGAUCCUGUCUUCCACAUAUCCUUGUCCUGGAUCCAAAGAGCUGCCCCUGCGCUGUCAAGCAGCUCCAUCUUUUAGCACAGUUGGUAUUUCUAAGCAAUAAGAAGUCAGAACACAAGCUUUUUACAGAAAACAUUAUGCAUUAAACAUGCAUGACUUGAAGCAAACUAAGAGUAAAAACUGAAGUGAAGAGCAAGUAACCUUUUUUCUGUAUUCUGCAUAAAGUUGAAGAGUAAAUGUCAGUUGAACUGCCAGGUAUAUUUGUUGAUGUAAGUUGAAUGGAUACUGCAGAUAUACAUAGAGGCACGUAGAAUGUUUUUCAUAUCAACUGUGCAGUGUAUAUGGAAAUUCCUCUUUAGGCUAUCCAUUUUGCAUAUUCAUUGGAAGGUGUGUAAAAUGUGCACAAAUUGGUGUAUAGUUUUCCAUUGGGUUUACAUUGACUAGUUGUAUUUAUAAGUUUUUAUUAUUAUUUUAAUUCUGGCAUUAAGUACCCGAACUAGAGUGUUAGGCUAAUUCUAAUCUUAUAUAUGCCCUUUGGGGAGCUUCAGGCAGUAAUCAUGCUAAAGAACUUUCUUUUUUAGUUAUGCAUUUUCUGUUUAAAUUAUUUGGUUUCCCUUUUCAUUUAUUAUGGCCCUGGUGUGUUCUGGUGCUACCCUAUGCUCAUAUUAUCAAGUAGACAUAAGACUGUGAAUAUAGCUAGGUUUGGAAGCUUUAAUUUGAGGGAUAUCCAGACUAAGGUCCCUGAAACAAUGUUGACACCGAUAGCUGUAGGAAUACACCUGAAAAAUCUAGAAACCUGUAGUGGUUGACAACAGUGCCUCUCAAGAUGUUUUAUGGGUACAAUUCCCAUCAGCGUAAUUAGCAAUACUGAGUGAUUGCACAGAAGAUGUAGCUCCAAAACAUCUGUAGGGUCACAGUUGCCCAUGCCAGUUGUAAAGUGAGUAGAGUUAAAUGUGGUUGAAAUCAUCUAGAAGGCUUAAUAAAAACAAGUGUUUGGGUGGUUGGCCACAGCAACAUGCCCUUUGGAGGAUGUCUUUAUGAUAACUGUUUUGCACUUGCCCAUUACACCGUUGCCCUAGUUGGCUUACGUUGUUUAAUUUGACAUAAAACCCAUCUAGACUAAUCAUAUUUCACAUUAUAAACUAAUCUGCCAGUUGUUUUUUCCACAUUGGAAGCCCUGUUUAAAAAAAAAACAUGGAAAAGAAACAACUAAGUAAAGCACAGUUUUGUCCUUUCAUGCAUGCUUAUGUUUUCACAUUUGGAAGAUUAAGCAAAACAAAAAUAUCUAAAUGCAAUAAUUAUGGAAUAUGGAGACCAGGAAAGUUUAGUUUUCUUUUAGCACUUGUUGCACACUGGCAUUGUCUCGCUGUGGAAAGAAACUCAGGGUUAUUUUGGUUCAGGGAUCCCUUGCCUUUCAUAGCAGGUUUCCUGCUCCUCAAGUUGUUGCCCACUAUUCCUAAACACAGUAGUCAUUUUCUUUUAAAUAAAUUUAGUCCAUAAGUUAUAACUGCUACUUUUUGAUCUAAGGUGACGCUUUUAUUUGAUCUAAGGUGAUGCAUUUACUUAAAUAAAUGUUGAAGUAGUACCACUCCAGCAGUCUCCUUCCAAUUGUGCCAAUUUUAUAUUAUUCCUCUUUUUAAAUGGUAGAAUUUCUGUCUCCCGAAAACAUUGGUCAGUCUGUUUUGUGUUAACUCUCUCUGGUGUUUCUGUUAGAGAAACCGUUGCAUGGAAUUAGAUGUUCAGCAGUGUUUGUUAGAAUUGCAAUCAUGGAAUCAACAGUCAAGUAUUCUAAGGGCUUGUGUCAAUCCUGAUUGGUCUCUUUCCAUGCUUCUAGCUCACUGUUGAGAAUUCAGGACACUCGGAACAUAAACCUGGUAUUGUUUCAAAAGUAUGUUGCUUAAAAGACAGGAAAUCUUUUUGUUUGUUUGCUUUUGAAGAGAGGUUUUAGGCACAGCUCCAGAAUCUUCUAAAGAAUUGUGUUAAUCGCAGCUUAGGAAGAUAGGAGUUGGACAAUUACAAUGAAGCUGUGUAAUGUGUUUUUUACAUUGAAAAUAAAUUGUCUUUUUUAUAAAAUCA